UACGUGUGUGCGCGAGUUGCAGCCGGGCGUCGUGGUUUCGGUUGGCUGGGAGGAAGAGGAAUAACGAAUGUGGGAGCCAAGAAGAAUUCCUCGUUGGCGGACGGCAUACAAUAUUCACAGGAUUUCUGAAACCUUUAUACGGACUACACACGUUUCCCAUGGAAAUUUAAGUUUUCCUCACGUAUCCCCGGGUCGGAUAAGAUGCUCUGAGAGAUGGAGACGGCUCAUCGCUGAUGCAGUGAAAAACAACUAAAUGCUCCUGGCAUAAGGAUAAACAUAUAUUUUUGUGGUCUGUGAUUUGAGUGGCCUUUAAACUUUGCUGUGAUUGGUCCAGAGAAUCAGAGAGGGUGUGUCCUUUCUCACCAAGGAAAUGACAGUGGGAUAAAGAGGAAGCAACAGCAGUCUGGAGCUUGUCCAUCCCUUCUCCCUCUUACUAAACGGCAUCGAUCCCUAUCCAGGAUGCUCUCUCCAGCGCAACCCCUGCUGCCCUCUUUGGUCCUGAGACUACACUGGGCUCCAUGAGCAUGUACAGAGAUACAGGGGUGUGUGCCACCCCUCUCUCCCAACCCCUUCCUCCUCCCCACCUCCGUCUACCCCUCCAAAAUGGUCACUCUUCCAUGGGUGACCAACCCCCACCACGUAUCUCAGUGCCCAAAAUGGGGGUUCGAGCUCGGAUUGCAGAGUGGCCUCCACGCAGGGCACUGUCCCGGGAAUCACUGCUUGAGAACGGCCAGAGCGGUCAUCAUGAAGACCUCGGUAAUGAGGAUUGCUUUGCACAUGGGGGCGAUAUAAGGUUCCCCCAGCGAACCACAAGGGACGGUGAGCUCCAUCCGUUCGCUCCAUUACGACUGCGCUCCAGCAGCGAGAUUACACUGAGUGAACAAGAUGAGGCAGAAAUCGAAGGACGAUUAUUCCGGGAAUAUGGGAGUACCUCGUCCAUCAAUGUGCAGGCGGUGUCUGAACAAAGCUUCUUUGACAUGCUCAGCCAGUUUCAACAGGAACGACCGGACCAGCGCAGUACAGCCCCCGAAAAGUUUGGAGAGCUACUUGGUGUGCCAGUUUCUUUUGACAGACAUGCCUUCUCAACGACUCCUCGUCCCGAUGACCGCCCUGAGAAUCGCGUACGCAAAAAGAGUGGAGGCACAGAGUCAUCGCUUGGCACCGCCUCCCUAUUCCGCAAACGAGGCAAAUCCAGCAGAGUUGAAACAGAAACCCCGCGGGGUGAUGCAGAUGAUACACGAGCCCCAGAAACAUUGUCUUCCAAACCCUGGCUUUGUGUGCGAAGUUUUGCCCACUAUGACGCUCAGAGCAUUCUUUUUGACUUGCACGAGGCAGCGGCUUCCCAGAGCUAUGCCGCCCAGAGGAGAAACACGGCCACCGGAGCCUCGGCCGCAUCAUCCGCUGCUUCCUCUGCCGCUGUUUCUUUGGCAGUUUCCAAAGCUCUUGCUCUAGGGGGCGUAGAGCCCAGUUUUUCCAGCACUGAUGACCUCAGUGUCAAGGACCUCUCGGAGGGAUCAACUCUAGACCUGGAUCACUCAGAACAGGGCAGUUUAGUCAACGUUAACCCCAAUUCUCAGCACCAGUUGUUGCUGAGCUGCCCGCACUUCCUCAACGAGACUGGAAGCUUUAGGGAGCGCAAUGUCAGCUUUCUGAGCUCAUGGGCGGAGCGAGGAGAGACUGCCGUGGUAGAGGCCAGACUGCGUCCGCGCUGCAGUAAUGCCAGUGUGUCCAAACUGGAGGCGCUGCCAGAAGAUCAGGCCACCAGGUUAGAGAGACUGCAGCAGCACUGCAUCGAGCACGUUGACCUGGGUGCUAGAUAUUACCAAGAGCACUUCUUUGGAAAAGAGCACUUGAACUACUUUGGUACUGAUGAGAAACUGGGGCCCGUGGCUCUGAGCAUCCGCAGAGAGAAACUGGACGAUACCAAAGACUUGAAAGAUCAGUAUCAGUACCGCAUCAUCUUCCGCACCAGUGAGCUGGUCACGUUGCGAGGAGCGAUCCAGGAAGAUGCGGUUCUGUCCACGGCGAAGCACGGAACGGUUCGUGGUCUGCCCCUGAAGGAAGUUCUGGAGUAUGUGCUUCCAGAGCUCAGCGUGUCCUGUCUGCGACAGUCCCUCAACACACCCAAGGUCACGGAGCAGCUUCUCAAACUGGAUGAGCAGGCGCUUUGUCAUAAACACAAAGUGGGCAUCCUGCUGUGUCGGGCAGGACAGAGCACUGAAGAGGAGAUGUACAACAAUGAAGAAGCAACACCAGCCUUUACUGCCUUCAUGGAGCUGCUGGGAGAAACCGUGUGUCUGAAGGGAUUUAGCAAAUAUGCUGCCCAGCUAGAUACCAAAACGGACUCAACUGGAACACACUCUCUAUAUACCACCUAUCAAGACUACGAGAUCAUGUUUCACGUGUCCACCAUGCUUCCAUACAUGCCCAAUAAUCCUCAACAGCUCUUGAGGAAGAGGCACAUAGGAAACGAUAUAGUCACUAUUAUAUUCCAGGAGCCUGGAGCUCACCCGUUUACUCCACAGAACAUUCGCUCUCACUUCCAGCACGUGUUUGUCAUCGUCCGCGUGCACAACCCUUGCUCGGACAACACCUGCUAUAGUGUGGCGGUGACGCGCAUGAAGGACGUCCCUCCAUUUGGCCCGCCUCUGCCACCCAAUGGCAUGAUGUUUCGUGACCCAGCUGCCUUCCGCGCCUUCCUGCUAGCUAAGAUUAUCAACGCAGAGAACGCCGCACACAAAUCCGAAAAAUUCCACACGAUGGCGGCCCGUACGCGCCAGGGGUACCUGCGAGAUCUGGCAGACAACUGUGUUACCACAACAUUGGUGGACACGGCCGGCAAGCUGAACACUCUCAUCUCUCUGGCCUCCAAACGCAAGGAACGCGUGCGGGCACGAGAGGGGGCGGAGAUGAGUGCCGCGGGGGCGCUUGUUUGGCGCGUACUUGCGCAGGACUUUAGUGGUGGAGGUGCCGAGUUGCCCUGUGCACUUGCCAUCUCCAAUGAGUAUGUAGUACUAGCGGACUGCUCUACCAAAGAGGUGGUGUUUCAUUGUUUUUGUGCUGACGUGAUUGGAUGGACAGCAGAGAGGCUUGCACUGAAGAUUUACUAUGGCAGAGGAGAUCACGUGGCAUUACGGGUGCCUGAGGGCAAUGCCCAAGACAUCAGAGAGGUGGUGCAGAGACUGAAGGUAUUGACUGUAGGUUGUGAGACGGUCGAUAUGACGUUACGACGUAACGGUUUAGGUCAGCUUGGUUUCCAUGUUCGACUCGAUGGAACUGUGUCUGAAGUGGAGGAAUACGGUUUUGCCUGGCAGGCGGGUCUCCGGCAGGGCAGCCGUUUGGUGGAGAUUUGCAAGGUUGCCGCGGUGACACUUUCCCAUGACCAGAUGAUUGACCUACUGCGGACAUCGGUCACCGUUAAAGUGGUCAUCAUUCCACCUUAUGAAGAGGGAGGAGCCCGCAGGGGCUGCACAGAGGAGUUCGAGAUGAAGAUGAUGGAGCAGAAAGGAGAAGCGGAGCCGGUAGCCGCAAGUUAUCGCAGUGGGCAGCGGACACCGGUAUGGCGUUGGGACAGCCCUCCUGGUACGCACAGCUCCACCCAGCGCUGGACCCCAAGCGGAGCCCCACCUGCAGUCCCGAGUCGUACACAGAAAGCACUGGUCCCCAUUCCAUACAGAGAACCCCAACACAUCUCAGCUAAACGACCUGUCAGUUACCCAGAGAACCAGUACAGCGUUUCUCCUGUCGGGGCAGACAGAGGGAUGGCGUACAGAAACCCUUCUGCAAGUUUCUCCAACACAGGCUCUGGCUUCAGCUCCAACGCACUGGGGGUCCCAGGGCUCGGGGGACCCUUUGUUCGCUAUAAACCCUCUCCGGACAGGUUUGGACCCGUCCCGCGGUCGGUCCAACAGUUUGACCCACAUGUUACUGUCGAUGUGUCCAGUGGUGAAUCCUCAUCUGGCUUUACGAGCCAAGAGAGCACGAUGGAGCGCAACAAGUCAGAGGCCGUGUGGCAUGUCGCUUCCUCAUCACGAGGUGUAACGGUGAGCUCAUCUUCGAGAAGACAGACCCGGCAGGACGUUCCAGGGAAAGACUCUCCUAAUCGGCACUCUAAGGGUGAAACGCAAUACUCAAGUCACUCUAGCAGUAACACUCUCUCCAGCAAUGCCUCCAGCAGUCACAGCGAUGAGCGCUGGUUUGACGGGAUGGGAGGUGGGGUUUCGGGUGCCCUCGGCGACCAUUUAGACCCUGAUCCCGACCCCAUAGGCAAAGGAGGCUCCAGCGACAGUGGCAUUGAUGCAUCUCUCUACACGCCCAGCCCUAGCGCUAAAGGAGCCAAGCCCAGCCGCAGCCACGCAGGAACUCCCCACAAACCCCUGCACGGCUCUGCUACAUACAGCGGCUUGCAGGAACUGUUGGGUUCAGGGGAGGCACAUCACAGGGGGUCGUCACCCAUCAUUCCUGCAUCUGCCAGUCAAAGCAAAAACUAUCGCACUCGCACGUUUCCCCCUCCAGGAUCAGGCAAUGCAGACAACUUUAAACCACGGGCCUGCUUUACCCCUCAAGGGUAUAAGACCCCUGGUUCAGGUGAAAACCCCCGACCGUUGAGAGCUUUGACUACCACACCCACCUCCAGCUCCGCCCAGCUGUCAAGCUCCGCCCCCAAGUCCUCAAGUAAACACAAGCAGAGUGUAUGGCACCAGGAGGAGAACAGUUCAGCAUCUAGUACCACGACCAAUGACAACAAGCAGGUGGACAUGAACAGUAAAAACGUUUUUGGACAACCUCGAUUGCGCGCCUCUCUGAGGGAUCUGCGCUCACCACGGAGAGCUCACAAGAGCACUAUUGAAGACGACUUGAAAAAGCUCAUCAUCAUGGACAACCCCACAGAUACGCCAUCACGGGACGCAUCUCCUCAUCGGACUCUGCAACGCACUUUCUCGGAUGAGAGUCUGUGCAGUGGCCGGAGAGAUGCUAGUUACGCAAGCACACCCCUUUUUGAAGGGCAAGUACCACCCAGUGACCUGCUCUUCACCUGCACGCUGCCCACUCGACGGCACGGCCACAACACCAACCAUGGACCCCUUAUGCCCAUCAAGAAAAUACCAUUGUCAGCCUCAGAGUUGUCUCUGACUGAAGUGAGGGAUAAGGUUCCACCUCUCCGAAGGCUUGACCCUGGACUCAUGCCCCUUCCUGACACUGCCUGUGGUUUGGAGUGGUCCAGCCUUGUCAAUGCAGCCAAGGCUUAUGAAGUGCAAAGAGCUGUUUCAUUAUUCUCAUUGUCUGAGCCUCACACGGGAGGCAAUGAUUUGAGGCCCGCCGUCAGCCCUGUGCCUUUCCACACACCGCAGACUCCCCGCACAACCCCUACUUUUACCAGUGAAGAACCUUCAAAUGACCUGCCUGGCCGUCUGUACCAUCUAGAAGUCAUGCUGAAACAGCUAAACAACGAUCUGGAAAAAGAGAAACAGGACAAACAAACAUUGUUAGCAGAGAUGGAUAAUCUGAGACAGAAUAACCAGCGUCUGCAGGAGGAAUCUCUUUCAGCCAGUGAACAGCUCAGAAAAUUUAGUCAAAUCUUGUCUUCUACCUUGCCUGAGAGGAAGUGACCGCCUCACCCUCUUCCUGUGCAAUCGGAGUGCAUUUAAGAAGAGACGAUAGAGGAGAUCUUGCGUACCUGUGCUUUUCCUAAUGUGGUGCGGUCUGUGCCAAAAGCUGUUCAGAUUCAGUUUUAUUCACCCAGUACAUCCAAUGAAUAUCUGCCAGUUCAUCCUCUCUCACAGCUGACACCACACACACAAACAUCAAACUGUGAGUUUAUCAACACACGAAUUAGGGAGUUUGAGAUGAAAACUGGCUUUAUGCUGGUCUGCCCGUUGACUUGAGACUUAAAGCUUUAACUGAAAGCCGGUACGGAAGUACAAAUGUCUAUUUUCUAAAAAGACACGCAUAAUAAAUCCAACCUUGAAAAGAGCAAGCUUCUCAUCAAAAAAAAAUCGAGACUAUUUUCACAUUGUAGAUUUAUUUUUGUAUCGAGGAGUCGACACUUGAGACGUUAAAAUCAGAGAGGCCUAUUGCACAGUCAGCUCGACAGCCAAAUAACAACAUGCAUCAGAAAAGCAGAGCAACAAACGAAAAUCUACAUUUGAGCCAUGUGAGAGAGAGAGAGAGAUCCUGUGUUAAAACUACCUUUCCCAGCAUGCAACAUUGGAGCAUGAUCAUAAACAUGGUACUGUCAUUUUCAGAAGAGGUACAGUGCUCUGGGAUUGAUAUAUCACUGUUACAUGUGCAGGUACAUCAAGCGUUAAGAAUAAACACUGUUGUAAAUUCACUUCUACUAUGAUUGUGCAAACUUUGAUUUCCAAUAAGCAUUCUCUCAUGCUUUGACUUUUUCCAUUUUCUUUAAACCUGAAAUGACAUAAUAGUGACUGAAGCUCCUUUGCAAUAAUUGCUCUGUAGAUCUCUACCACAAUUGUGUAGUUAGCAGCGAACUGUUUAGGAACAAAAACAAUAUACUAAAACUGUGAUGUUACACCCAAGUCUUUGAUCAUUUCUCUGUGCAGUGGUUAAGUAAUAGUGUGAUGCAACAGGAAAUUCAAUUCACUCUUUAUGUCCGGUUUUGGCAUAGCACUGUGCGUAACCUUGGGCUGUUCUGUCAAAUUCAGACACUGUAUAUCUAUAUGCAAAGCCGACACUAGAAACUUGUAGUUGGCUGGGUUCCAUACAGACUCUAUUUUUCUAUUCGUAUGGUUUUAGUUCAGGUUUAUAAGGUUAAAUGACUGUUGGCAAUAGAUGGCUGUUUUCAAAGUAGUCUAGACGAUCAUUGUUUACAUACAAGGACCUCUUUAUCCUUCAGACUGUUCGUGCUCUGGAGGUCUCUCCCAUUUGUAAUGUACGAGUAACUGGAUUAUAAAUCAGGCUGGAUGUAAUAUGGUUUUUCAUGUACCCCAUGCUAUUCUGUACAUGUCUGCCUUAAGAGUGGUCAGGGAGUCGAACCAGUGAUGUGCUGUAUUUACGACUCCUAUCAGCUCUCUUCAUCCCUUUAACCUGAUCCAACUGGAUAAUAUCUCCUCCUCUCUCAGGAUCCAUAAGCUGCCCCCUAGUGACCUGACCUAUUCCUCUUCUUAACUAUUUAUUAAUGUCAAAGCAAAAGCACUGCGGCAGUCAGUUAACUUUAUUGUAUUAGUCGUUGCUGUCAUCGUAGCUGUAAAUGAAAAUCUGACGUUUGCUCAGACAAAAAAACAACGGUAACGCUUUACAAUAAGGUUGUAUUUGUUAACGUUAGUAAAUGCGUUAGAUAACGUGAACUAACAGUGAGUAAUAUAGCUUUGAGAAUUUGUUUAUGCCAAUACAGUUAUUCAUGUUAGUAGUCCAUUGUGCAUUAUCUACUGUUAACAGUUACAACUUUUGAUUUUAAAAAUGUAUUCAUAAAUGCUAAAAUUAACAUUUAACUAAGAUGAAUAAAUGUUGUAAAAUUAUUAUCGUACAUGUUACCUAAUGCAUUAACAAAUACAACCUUAUUGUAAAGUGUUACUGAAACAACCAUAUACAUGCCUGUGAAAGUAACUAGUAUGGUAAAACUCAAAGAUUCAUAUUUUUGUUUUUCAUGGGGUAAUUGUAAAACAAAGACAACAGGCAUUAUACGUUGCAGGAUUCUUUAGUGGUGUAUUUGUACAUAGGGUGAUUUUUAUUAAGCUUUCAAUUGCAAAUAGCUAACAUACUUUGUUUCAUCUCUCGUCGUAAAUUAUAAGAAAAAAGAAACGCUGUAUACGUACGACUGUAUACGUUUUGGAAAUAUUUAGUCACAUGCCAUCCAUCACACUUUACUAUAAUAACUACUACAGUAUAUGAUGCAUUUCGGCCUUUCAUAUUACAAUAAGCUGUUUUGUCCCCGUUCUGCUGUGACUACAAGAAUUGAACCCACUUUAUUUUGUUGUCAAAGUGGGAGGUUCUUUGGACUCUUGGUGUCUCGCUCAGUUUUAGGUUACUGGGUGUCAUAUCUACACCAUGGAUUAUCUUAUGAUUUCUGUUUUUUAGUUGGGUGAAGGUGUUUUAAUUAAGUUUUUUUUUUUAAAGAUGAGUAAUAUACUUAUGAAUGUGCAUCUGUGUUGCGCAUUUAUGAAUCAAAGCAAAUUAUAUAGUCCAGCUGUUAUAUUUGAAGGUUUAUUUUAUGUGUAAUAUUUCAACUAUUUAUUUUGAUUUUCUCUUCUUUUUAAAUGCAUAAAGACAAGUUCAAAGUGAAUUUGCAAGAUUACAGAUUUGGUAACAUUAUUGAAGGGUACCGAGUUAGUGAGAUAAUAUUUUUUAGUCUGUUCUUUAUAUUUUGUUUGAUUCAUGAUCUUUUGUACAAAGCUGAUUUUGUUAUCCUUUUUGUUGUUUAUUGUAAGCCUUUUUUUGUCUCUGUUUCCAUUGGCUUUAUGCAUGAAACAGUGGCUCCAAUGCCUUGAUUUACUAUUGAUAACUGAUCGAUCUUUCAGUUUCGUUUGGGGAUAUUGUAUCAAUGAGUGUACAUUUAAUAAGUGUAAAUUAUGUUUUCAUUAUUUUAUAAAAAAUAUAUUAAAAAUAUUUCAUAAUGA